AUGACAACGCUUGCGUCACGGAGAUCUGCGAAUUGGUCGGCGGAGGAGACGUUGCGCUUUGUGCGCGCACUUGUUGAUGUCGGUCGCGAUGGCAUUUUAAAUCAGGCGACAAACGGUUGCACGCCGGAGCAACGGGCCCAGGAGUAUCGGAAAAUCGCGAAUAUAUUGAACGCCGAGCGCGCUUCUACGGGAAUUGUUCGCGAACCACUACAUCUGCAGAAUCGGUUCAAGCAAAUAAAGCAGUAUUUGCAGACAUAUUCGACAUGGCAGCGGCAAGUUUCAAUGGGAACUGGUGGCGGACUUGCGAAACCCAUGCCAGUGUCUUUAACCGUUCCUCUCACUGGAGCCAUGCUAGAAUUGCUUGCGAUUCUGCGUGAUCGCUUCUGUGGCCUCCAUUCUGAAUUUGACAUAUGGUAA